CAGAGUGUGAUUAAAAUGGUGCCGUUUUUCGUUUGCAGCGCGGACGGCAACUACGAGGUGACCAUCAUGACCAAGGCCAUUCUGCACCACACGGGCAAGGUGGUGUGGAAGCCGCCCGCCAUCUACAAGAGCUUCUGCGAGAUCGACGUGGAGUACUUCCCCUUCGACGAGCAGACGUGCUUCAUGAAGUUCGGCUCGUGGACGUACGACGGGUACAUGGUGGAUCUUAGGCAUAUUAACCAAACGGAGGGUUCGGACACCAUCAACGUGGGCAUCGACCUCCAGGACUACUACCUGUCGGUGGAGUGGGACAUCAUGAAGGUGCCGGCGGUUCGCAACGAGAAGUUCUACUCGUGUUGUGAAGAGCCCUACCCCGACAUCAUCUUCAACAUCACGCUGCGCAGGAAGACCCUCUUCUACACCAUCAACCUCAUCAUCCCCUGCGUCGGCAUCUCCUUCUUGUCCGUGCUUGUUUUCUACCUACCGUCCGACUCGGGCGAGAAGGUGUCACUCUGCAUCUCCAUCUUGCUGUCGCUCACUGUGUUCUUCCUCUUACUCGCCGAGAUUAUCCCGCCCACCUCUCUGACGGUGCCGCUCCUCGGCAAGUACCUGUUAUUCACCAUGGUGCUCGUCACGCUCUCCGUCGUCGUCACCAUCAUCGUGCUCAAUGUCAACUUCCGCUCUCCGGUCACCCAUCGCAUGAAGCCCUGGGUGCAGAGAUUUUUUAUAAACACAUUACCUAAGCUAUUAUGCAUUCAGAGGCCAAAGAAAGAAGACUCCGGGGAUGAGGACGAGACAGACGUCGCCCUCACCUCACUAGACGUCCCCUCCGAGAUAGACAAGUAUGUCAACUACGGAGGGAAGAGACUUAGUGCAGACUUUGAAAUUGGCGUCUUACCGCCGUCAAUACAACCUUCUUCGAGGUUCGACAUGGAUCUCCACGCGGCACUGCCGCCGUUGCCUCCUCCACUGCCGGGUCCGGACGACGACCUGUUCAGUGCGGGCUGCGGCGGCACCAUCUGCGGUGGGCCCUGUGGGGUGCCUGGGGACGUCAGCCCGGCCUUCAGGGACAUGGACAAGACCGUGGAGGACGCGAGGUUCAUCGCGCAGCACGUUAGGAACAAGGACAAGUUCGAGAACGUGAUGGAAGACUGGAAGUACGUGGCCAUGGUGCUCGACCGGCUGUUCCUGUGGAUCUUCUCGGCGGCCUGCAUCAGCGGCACCGCGCUCAUCAUCCUGCAGGCACCGGCCCUGUACGACUACACGGACCCCAUCGACCUCAAGUACUCCAAGGUGGCCAAGAAGAACAUGCUCAUCAUGUCCAUGAUGGGGCCCGAAGAGGAGUAGGCCGUUGACUGACUGAGGCGCGGGCGGCAGCGGGGCAGGGGCAAGGGCCCUUCCCCGGGCCACGCGGUCCCCGAGGGGGCCCUCCCAGGGGUCCAGAUGGUGUGCCAGCCAGUCACUGCCAGCGCCCCUCCCCUCCCCCGCGCCUCUCCCC